AUGCUGGGCGGGGCAGGGCUGGACUGGGAGGUCAUCUGGCUCUGGCUCGUGGUCGUUCUGGCUGCGGACGUGGUGGGGUACUUUUUCCGCGGGGUGCAGGCAGCAUGGAUGAAGCGCCAGAUCAGCGUCACAGACCCUGCCAUUUCCAUCGUCAUGAGCGUCUUCCCCGUUCUGGGGCCACGGGUGGAUCUGCUUAAGGAUUGCCUGUUUGCUGGCGCCGUGUUCCAGCUCGCGGCCUGCCAAGCGGACGGCUCAUGGAGACGCACCGCAGGCUUUCGGGUUGGGAACGCCGCGCUCCUCACCAUUUUCCUGCCGGCACCGGCCUUGCAUGGCCCUUACCUCUAUGCGUGGUGCAGAUGGGAAGAGCCAGAAAUGCCAGAAAUGGCGAAAGGUGCUUGUCCAGAAAGGUGGAUGCAGACUGACGACGCAUCCGUGCUUAUGUCGGUCCGUGCCUCGUGCAAGGUUCUGGUUCGCAACGACCAG